AUGGCUGUGAACUCAGGAAAAUCAUCCCCUAGCACCCUGGAAAACGGCCAAAGCACCUGCCCAACUGCGGAAACGCAUGAUCUCUUAGGCAUGCUCCCGCCAGACUACCAGCGUGGCAGCAAUUUCAAGCCCAAUUCAUCGCUGGUCUUGGUCGGGAUCAGGGGUAGCGGCAAACGGUCUCUUGGCUUCAUUGCGGCAACCGCUUUGAAUUGGCGGUUUAUCACUGAAGACCACUAUUUUAAAGAAACUAUUGGAUGCUCACGCUCUGAGUUCCUGCAGAAAGCAGGGAGCCGGGAGUUCCAUCGCAAGGGUGUGGAGGUAUUGAAGUUGAUGCUGGAUAAUCACCGCACAAACUGCGUGAUUGAAUGCGGAUUGGGCAGCCUUACUCAGUCCAUCCAACAGUACCUCCAGGAAUAUGCACGGUCCAAUCCGGUUGUUUACCUGUUACGGGAUAUGAACCAGAUCCAGAGGCUUCUGAAGUUGGAGGACAGCGCCGUCCAACUCCUGCAGAGCACCGAUCCGUCGCACCGGAGUUGCUCAAAUUUGGAGUUUUACAACCUUGAGGAUCACUCUAGUGAUUUACACGGGCAGGAUGAUGCAUGUGAUCGGAGAUGCGCCGCUUAUUCGUUCAAAUUGAAAGACGCCAAAGAAGAUUUUACUCAUUUCGUUCGGUUCGUUACCGGAGUGGGCACUCCCACGUCAGGGUUCGAUUCGCCUUUUUCACUCCUUGAGGAUCAGAUUGAAUCGAGGCUCCAUACCCAUGCGCUGCUUGUGCGUUUAUCCGACCUGAUGGAGGGCCUGGUUUAUUUUGACGAACUGGAUUCUGGCGCCGAAGCCGUGGAAUUCUGCGUCGAUAUCUGGCCUUCCGACGUGGCUCGCACAAUGAGCAAGUAUGUGUCAACGUUGCGGCGGAGGAUUGGUGUGCCGAUCAUCUUUUCCAUUGAUACUCGAGCAAUGCAGAACAACAAAAGCACUCUCCCUCUACCAUUUGAGGAUGUUUACUUCAAGACCCUCAACCAUGGUUUAAGAUUAGGGGUCGAGUACCUGUCUCUUGACUUGACAAAUGACAAUAUCGCCAAUCACCCUGCAACAGCCAAGCUCCUUCAGGUUAAAGGACGGACUAAGAUAAUCGGCCAUUUCUUCUGUGAAUAUGUUGAUGGAGUAACCUGGGAAAGUGAAGAGUGUUUUGGCCUGUACCAAAAGGCUGAAUUGAUGGGAUGUGACAUUAUCCGUAUCUUAAAAGUUGCCAAAGACAGAUUGGAUAACGAAGCAGUCUGCUUCUUGAGAACAAAAGUCAAACGCCUCCCAGGCAACCACCCGCCUUUAAUAGCCUACAAUGUUGGUAUUCUUGGGCGUCAUUCUCAAGUUUUUAAUCAGAUCCUUACUUCAGUCACACACUCGGCUAUAAAGCGGGAGCGUGAUGUGGAGGGCUUCGAUCCCCUAAUUACAUCGCGGGAUGCAGUCAAGGCGCUGUUCCAGAGCUUUGUUCCUGACCCGUUGCAAUUUUACGUUAUCGGCGCGAAUGUCGCCUAUAGCCUCUCCCCAGCCAUGCAUAAUGCAGCGUUCCAGGCAUAUGGCAUGGGCCACACGUACAGAAUCUCUCGGACGUCGUCAUUGGCCGAACUAGAUCGGCUUGCGAUGGACCCCAAUUUUGGAGGCGCGAGCAUCCUCCCGCCUUGGAGGAUCAAGGUGUUUGAACAACUGGCAUCCAAAAGUCGGCAUGCGGAAGCUAUUGGUGCUGUUAAUACUGUGCUCCCGCUCCGUGUUGAUGCAACGGGCUACAUUUACCCUCUAAAGGAGCAAGCAAACCAGCGGAAUCGGGCCGGCAGAAUCGCUGGGUGGUAUGGAGAUAAUACGGACUGGGUUAGCGUGUUUGUCUGUCUACGAAGGAGUCUUUCUCCUCGAAACGCAAUUUCGUCCAAAUCUACGGGUUUGGUUAUCGGUGCUGGAGGAAUGGCGCGGGCUGCUGUUUACGCGAUGCUGAAUUUGGGCUGCCGCAAGAUAUUUAUAUAUAAUAGGACCGUGGAGAACGCGGAGAGGGUGGCAAAUCACUUCAAUUCGUGGGCAUCCCGGUCGCCUGGAUCCGGCCAAGUGGUCCAUGUUUUACGGUCAGCAACGGCCCUCUGGCCGUCAGACUCCACGCUUCCCUGCAUGAUUGUAUCGUGCGUACCCGCAAACACUAUUGGCGGUGAUCCUCCCACUUCACUUGAAUUGCCGGACGAAUGGUUGGGCAGCCCAACUGGAGGAGCUGUUCUAGAGAUGGCUUACAACCCUCUCAAUACUCAUUUUCUCAAGCGAAUGCGACGGUAUCGCAGCGCAACCGGUAGACCGUGGGUCCUCGUCGAUGGGCUUGAGAUUGUUGCAGAGCAAGGCAUCACGCAGUUUGAGCUACUUACCGGUAGACGGGCGCCACGUCGACUGAUGAGGCGUGAAGUGCUGCGGAAUUAUGUUGGCGAGGACGGACCUUACGAUGAAAAGACUAUCAAUGCCAGGCUAGAAGGGAUAAGCCAUGUUGGAUGCCAUUGA